AUGCUUAUUGGACAUAACCUAGAUGAGUACCCUGCCAAAAAGACUGAGAAGAAACUGUCAGAAAUACAGGAGGAUAAAGGGGGGAGUGCAGUGUUGAGAAAACUUAAGGAGAAAAAAGUAUCAAGACCAGGUGGAGGAAAAUGUGAACCAGAAAGAGAAAGAGAUUAUCCCUGUCCUGAAGUCUCUAUUCCCAGAGGACCAAAGCAUAGAAAAAUGGCCAUUUCAAACAUCACGGAAAUAGUAGAUUUCAUUCUCCUGGGAUUUCCUGAACUUCCAAAUCUCCAAGGCUUUUUGUUUUGGCUUUUCUUAUUCAUUUACCUGUGUAUCCUGAUAGGAAAUGGCCUCAUCAUUGUAAUAACCAAGGUUGAUCCAAGUCUCCAAACACCCAUGUACUUUUUUCUGGGAAACUUUUCAUUCUUGGAAAUUUGUUACACGACAGUCACUAUCCCCAGAAUGCUUACUGACCUUUGGACCCAAAACAAACAUAUUUCUUUCUUGGACUGUGUUGUACAACUGUGCUUAUUUCUUAUUCUGGGAGGCACUGAGUGUUUCAUUUUAGCUGUGAUGGCAUAUGACCGCUAUGUAGCCAUUUGUAAGCCUCUGAACUAUCCUCUUAUCAUGAACCACAAAGUAUGUGUCCAACUGGUAGUUGGCUCUUGGAUUGGUGCAGUCCCCAUCCAGGUAGGACUAACUUAUCAGAUUUUCACUCUGUCCUUCUGUAGUUCCAAUGAACUCAAUUAUGUUUUCUGUGAUGCUCCUCCAUUAGUAAAAUUAGCCUGUGGGGACAGCACCUUGAAUGAAUUCCCUGUCUUUGCCAAUGCUGUACUGUUUGGCAUGAUUCCCUUUACACUGAUACUUGUGUCUUACAUUAGAAUCAUCAUCACCAUCCUGAAGCUGCCAUCAGCCACAGGGAGACAAAAGGCCUUUUCUACUUGUUCCUCUCACCUCAUAGUUGUAGGCUUAUUCUACGGGACCGGUAUUAGUACCUAUUUGCUUCCUAAAUCCAAACAAACAGUACUGUUAGAGAAAAUACUCUCUCUUUUCUACUCCACUGUGACUCCUAUGUUUAACCCUAUGAUAUACAGCUUGAGGAAUAAGGAUGUAAUCGCUGCUCUGAAAAAAUUACUAUGUAAGUGA